AUGGUGCUCAGGGUGCAGGCAGGCAUGUGGACCACGGGGCCCCGGCUGGCCCUGCACAGGGCCCAGGCACUGGGCACCAGGGCCUGUCCGGCCCGCCAGGCAGUGCUGCCCUUUGAAGCCAUCCCCCAGUGUCCCGGCAACAAGUGGCUGAGGAUGCUGCGUAUCUGGAAGGAACAGGGCCAGGAGAGCCUGCACCUGGAGAUGCAGAAACACUUCGAGGAGCUGGGGCCCAUCUUCAGGUAUGACGUGGGAGGGGUGUCCAUGGUGAACGUGAUGCUGCCCAAGGACGCAGAGCAGCUGCAGCAGGUGGACGGCCUGCACCCCUGCAGGAUGCCCUUGGAGCCCUGGGUGAUCUACCGACACCAUCACGGGCACAAACUCGGCGUGUUCUUGAUGAACGGGCCCGAAUGGCGCCACAACCGGUUGCGGCUGAACCCAGACCUGCUCGAACCCAGAAAUAUCCAGAGGUUCAUGCCCCUGGUGGACACGGUGGCCCAAGACUUCAUCAAGGCCCUGAGGAAGAGAGUGUUGCAGAAUGCCCGAGGGAGCCUGACCCUGGACGUCCAGUCCAACAUCUCCCUCUACAGCAUCGAAGCCAGCAACUUUGCCCUGUAUGGAGAGCGGCUGGGCCUCCUUGGCCCCAACCCCAGCCCGGCCAGCCUGGACUUCCUCCAGGCCUUGAAGGCUGUGUUGAAAUCCACCACGCAGCUCUCCUUCAUGCCGCAGAGCCUGUCCCGUUGGGCCAGCGCCAACGUGUGGGCAGAGCACUUCCGGUCCUGGGAUACCAUAUUCCAGUAUGCCAACAAAGCCAUGUACAACACCUACCAAGAGCUGGCGCUUGGCCGCCCGCAGCACUACAGCGGCAUCGUGGCAGAGCUGCUCUUACGCUCAGACCUGCCCCUGGAUACCAUCAAGGCCAACGCCGUGGACCUCACCGCAGGGAGCGCAGACACGACAGCCUACACCUUGCUGAUGACUCUCUUCGAGCUGGCUCGAAACUCCGAUGUGCAGCAGGCCCUGCGCCAGGAGAGCCUGGAGGCGGAGGCCACCAUCAGGGAAAGCUCCCACAGGGUCACCUCUGAGCUGCCGCUGCUGCGAGCUGCCCUCAAGGAGACCCUGCGGCUGUACCCCGUGGGAUUAACUCUGCAGAGGCGGGUAAAGUCGGACCUGGUGCUGCAGAACUAUCACGUUCCGGCCGGGACAUUAGUCUUCUUGAACCUCUACUCCCUGGGUCGAAACCCCGCGGUAUUCCCGAGGCCCGAGCGCUACGACCCCCAGCGCUGGCUGACCAAGUCCUCCAGCUCUAACUUCCGUCACCUGGCCUUCGGCUUCGGGGUGCGCCAGUGCCUGGGGCGGCGGCUGGCAGAGGCGGAGCUGCUGCUUUUCCUGCACCACGUGCUGAAGAACUUCCUGGUGAAGACUGUAUCCCCCGAGGACCUAAAGAUGGUCUACCGCUUCGUGCUGAUGCCCUCCACCUAUCCCCUCCUCACCUUCCAGGCCAUCAACUAG